AGAAAAAAGGAAAAAAAAAAAAAAAGAAGAAAACAACCCCACCGUGACGUACACGUACGCCUCUCGCCUUUCCAGGCAUCAGACACGUUAGGAAUCAUGCGUGAUUUCUUUUUUUAACUUAAUUUUAUUUUAUCAUGAUGAUUUAUGUUUCGAGACGGAGUCUCGGAGGCCCGCCCUCCCUCCGUCCCAUUCCCUGGUUGCCCAGACCACCUCAGGAGACAGACCCUGGCUGGGCCAGAUUGUUCUUCUCCUUGGUCAAUGGUUUCCUUGUCUUUCUUCGUGUCUUUAACCCGCGUGGACGCUUCCGCUCGGGUUUUACAGAUGGCAGCUCCACUUUAGGCCUUGUUGUUGUUGGGGACUUUCCUGAUUCUCCCCAGAUGUAGUGAAAGCAGGUAGAUUUGCCUUGCCUGGACUUGCCUGGCCUUGCCUUUUCUUUCUUUCUUUAUUACUUUCUCUUUUUUUUCUUCUUCUUCCUUUUUUUUUUUUUUUUUUUGAGACAGAGUUUCACUCCUGUUGCCCAGGCUAGAGGGCAAUGGCGCGAUCUCGGCCCACCGCACCCUCUGCCUCCCAGGUUCAAGCGAUUCUCCUGGCUCAGCCUCCUGAUUAGCUGGGAUUAUAGGCAUGGGCCACCGUGCCUGGCUGAUGUUUGUACUUUUAGUAGAGACGGUGUUUUUCCAUGUUGGUCAGGCUGGUCUCCAACUCCGAACCUCAGGUGAUCCGCCUGCCUUGGCCUCCCAAAGUGCUGGGAUGACAGGCGUGAGCCGCCGCGCCCAGCCUCUCUCUCUCUCGCUUGCUUGCUUGCUUGCUUGCUUGCUUGCUUGCUUGCUUGCUUGCUUGCUUGCUUUCGUGUUUUCUUGCUUUCUUGUUUUCUUGCUUUCUUGCUUGCUUGCUUGCUUUCGUGCUUUCUUGCUUUCCUGUUUUCUUUCUUUCUUUCUUUCUUUCCUUCUUUCUUUCUUUUGUUUCUUUCUUGCUUGCUUUCUUGCUUGCUUGCUUGCUUGCUUGCUUUCGUGCUUUCCUGUUUUCUUUCUUUCUUUCUUUCUUUUGUUUCUUUCUUGCUUGCUUUCUUGCUUCCUUGUUUUCUUGCUUGCUUGCUUUUGUGCUUUCUUCUUUUCUUGCUUUCUUUCUUUCUUUGGUUUCUUUCUUACUUGCUUGCUUGCUUGCUUUCGUGCUUUCUUGUUUUCUUGCUUUCUUUCUUUCUUUUGUUUCUUGCUUGCUUGCUUUCGUGCUUUCUUGCUUGCUUUCUGUCUUUUGUUUCUUUCUUGCUUGCUUUCUUGCUUCCUUGUUUUCUUGCUUUCUUGCUUGCUUGCUUUCGUGCUUUCUUUCUUGCUUUCUUUUCUUUCUUGCUUGCUUUCUUUUCUUUUUCUUUCUUUCUUUCUUGCUUUCUUUUCAUUCAUUCAUUCUUUCUUUCUUCUUUCUUUCUUUCUUUCUUUCUUUCUUUCUCUGUUUCUUUCUGUUUCGUCCUUUUGAGACAGAGUUUCACUCUUGUUUCCACGGCUAGAGUGCCAUGGCGCGAUCUUGGCUCACCGCACCUUCCGCCUCCCGGGUUCGAGCGCUUCUCCCGCCUCAGCCUCCUGAUUAGCGGGGAUUACAGGGAGGCACCCCCACGCCUGGCUUGGCUGAUGUUUGUAUUUUUAGUAGGCACGCCGUGUCUCUCCAUGUGGGUCAGGCUGGUCUCCAACUCCCGACCUCAUGUGAUGCGCCCACCUCGGCCUCUCAAAGUGCUGGGAUGACAGGCGUGGGUCACCGUGCCCAGCCUGUUGACUCGUUUCGUUUUUUUGUUUCUUUCGUUUCCAUGUGUUCGCUUAUAUUUAUCGACGUAAACGUUUGUAUACAUUUAUAUGUAAACGAAAAUGUGUAUCUUUACGUUGAAUACGCUUGUGUAUAGUAAAUACGCAUCGAUUAUGUAGAAACAUACCUCUAUGUGAUAGAUGCAGGUGUUUAUUUCGCAUAAAUGAAUACACGUCGCUCUAGAAAGAAGCGAUCGCCGACAAAUACGUGUAUGCUUACGUAUGAAAAGUGUUGUAUUUAUGUUUCUAAAUGAACGAGUGUACGUAUUUGUCUCUGUUUUCUUUCUUCCUCUCUUUUAUGUUUUUCUUCCUUCCUUUCUACCUUUCUCUCCUUCUUUAGGCGUUUCUUCCUCUCUUCCUUUCCUUCUUUCUCUCUUUCUGUUCUUUUUUCUUUCGUGCUUUAUUUCUCUUUCGUUCCCUGUCUUUCCUUCUUUUUUCUUUCCUCUCUGUUUCUUUUUCCCUUUUUUCCUUCGUUUCUUUCCUCAUUCUUUCUCUCUUUUUCAUGUGUCUUUCCUUUCCGUCUGUCUUUUAAAAAUGGACUGUUUCAAAAGUUUUCUUUGCGUAUCUACGUUUUUUAAACGGUCUCUCUUUUCUCCAUUUUCUUCCUCCCUCCCUGCUCCCUUCCCUCCCUCCUUCCCUUUCGCCGUCUGUCUCUUUGCCCCAUUCCCCCCGUCCCUCCCUCUUUCUCUCCCUCUGUCUGUCUCUGUGUGGAUUCUGGAAGAGCCUACGCAUUCUGCCUCUCCGUGUGUCUGCAGCGACCGGCGACCGAGUCCUUGUGUGUUCUUUCUCCCUCCCUCCCUCCCUCCCUCCCUCCCUCCCUCCCUCCCUGCUUCCGAGAUGCAUCUCCAAACACCCACACGCCGUGGGUUGUCUUCUGACUCUGUCGCGGUCGAGGCAGAGACCCGUUUUGGGUACCGUUUGUGUGGGGUUGGGGUAGAGGGGCUGCGUUUUUGGCCUCGGGAAGAGCUUCUCGACUCACGGUUUCGCUUUUGCGGUCCCCGGGCCGCCCUGCCAUCCGGAUCUGUCUCGCUGACGUUCGCGGCGGUCGUCGGGCUCCAUCUGGCGGCCGCUUUUAGAUCGUGCUCUCGGCUUCCGGAGCUGCGGUGGCAGCUGCCGAGGGAGGGGACCGUCCCCGCUGUGAGCUAGGCAGAGCUCCGGAAAGCCCGCGGUCGUCAGCCCGGCUGGCCCGGUGGCGCCAGAGCUGUGGCGCGUCGCUUGUGUCAUCUCACAUGUCCGAGUGAUCGCAAACUUUUAGGCUCCAGAGAUCCUCCCGCAUCGGCCUCCCGGAGUGCUGUGAUGACACGCGUGGGCACGACGGAGUUUCACUCUUGUCGCCCAGGGUGGAGGACGAUGGCGCGAUGUCGGCUCACCGCACCCUCCGCCUCCCAGGUUCGAGUGAUUCUCCUGCCUCAGCCUUCACGAGUAGCUGGAAUGACAGCAAUGAGCCAUCGUGCCCGGCUAGGUUUUCUAGUUUUAGUACACAUGGGGUUUCUCCAUCUUAGUCAGGCUGGUCUUCAACUUCCGACCGUUGGAGAAUUUUAACUUUCUUGGUGGUUGUUUUUCUUUUCUUUUCUCUUCUUUUCUUUUCUUUUCUUUCCUUCUCCUUCCCCCCCCCCCACCCCCCCUUGUCCUCCUCCUCCUCCUCCUCCUCCUCCUCCUCCUCCUCCUCCUCCUCCUCCUCCUCCUCCUCCUGCUCUUUCAUUUCUUUCAGCUGGGCUCUCCUACUUGUGUUGCUCUGUUACUCACGCUGGUCUCAAACUCCUGGCCUUGACACUUCUCCCGUCACAUCCGCCGUCUGGUUGUUGAAAUGAGCGUCUCUCGUCAAAUGGAAAAGAUGAAAGAAAUAAACACGAAGACGAAAAGCACGGUGUGAAGGUUUCUCUUGCCGUCUCCCAGGGUGUACCUUGGACCCAGAAACACGUUGGGAGCUUGGCUGAGUGAGUGGGUUUUCGGUGCUGAAACCUCCCGAGGGCCUCCUUCCCUCUCCCCCUUGUCCCCGCUUCUCCCCCAGCCGAGGCUCCCACCGCCGCCCUGGCAUUUUCCAUAGGAGAGGUAUGGGAGAGGACUGACGCGCCUUCCACAUCUAUAUCCUGCCGGACGUCUCUGGCUCGGCGUGCCCCACCGGCUACCUGCCACCUUCCAGGGAGCUCUGAGGCGGAUGCGCCCCCCCCUUCCCCGUCAGGUCCCGCUACCCUCCCCCGGCUGGCCGUUGCCGGGCGACCCCAGGGGAACCGCGUGGACGCUGCCUUCGGAUCCUACGGCGAAGACUUCCACCGGAUGCCCCCGGGUGGGCCGGAUGGGAUGAGACUGGACCACCCCGGACCGGUGCUGUUCUUGGGAGUGGGUUGACGUACAGGGUGGACUGGCAGCCCCAGCAUUGUAAAGGGUGCACGGGUAUGGAAAUGUCACGUAGGAUGCCCUCCUUCCCUUCGGUCUGCCUUCAGCUGCCUCAGGCGUGAAGACAACUUCCCAUCGGAACCUCUUUUCUUCCCUUUCUCCAGCACGCAGAUGAGACGCAUGAGAGGGAGAAACAGCUCAAUAGAUACUGCUGACCUUCAUUUGUGGAAUCCUCAGUCAUCUACACACAAGACAGGUGUCAUCUCACAUGUCCGAGUGAUCGCAAACUUUUAGGCUCCAGAGAUCCUCCCGCAUCGGCCUCCCGGAGUGCUGUGAUGACACGCGUGGGCACGACGGAGUUUCACUCUUGUCGCCCAGGGUGGAGGACGAUGGCGCGAUGUCGGCUCACCGCACCCUCCGCCUCCCAGGUUCGAGUGAUUCUCCUGCCUCAGCCUUCACGAGUAGCUGGAAUGACAGCAAUGAGCCAUCGUGCCCGGCUAGGUUUUCUAGUUUUAGUACACAUGGGGUUUCUCCAUCUUAGUCAGGCUGGUCUUCAACUUCCGACCGUUGGAGAAUUUUAACUUUCUUGGUGGUUGUUUUUCUUUUCUUUUCUCUUCUUUUCUUUUCUUUUCUUUCCUUCUCCUUCCCCCCCCCACCCCCCCUUGUCCUCCUCCUCCUCCUCCUCCUCCUCCUCCUCCUCCUCCUCCUCCUCCUCCUCCUCCUGCUCUUUCAUUUCUUUCAGCUGGGCUCUCCUACUUGUGUUGCUCUGUUACUCACGCUGGUCUCAAACUCCUGGCCUUGACACUUCUCCCGUCACAUCCGCCGUCUGGUUGUUGAAAUGAGCGUCUCUCGUCAAAUGGAAAAGAUGAAAGAAAUAAACACGAAGACGAAAAGCACGGUGUGAAGGUUUCUCUUGCCGUCUCCCAGGGUGUACCUUGGACCCAGAAACACGUUGGGAGCUUGGCUGAGUGAGUGGGUUUUCGGUGCUGAAACCUCCCGAGGGCCUCCUUCCCUCUCCCCCUUGUCCCCGCUUCUCCCCCAGCCGAGGCUCCCACCGCCGCCCUGGCAUUUUCCAUAGGAGAGGUAUGGGAGAGGACUGACGCGCCUUCCACAUCUAUAUCCUGCCGGACGUCUCUGGCUCGGCGUGCCCCACCGGCUACCUGCCACCUUCCAGGGAGCUCUGAGGCGGAUGCGCCCCCCCCUUCCCCGUCAGGUCCCGCUACCCUCCCCCGGCUGGCCGUUGCCGGGCGACCCCAGGGGAACCGCGUGGACGCUGCCUUCGGAUCCUACGGCGAAGACUUCCACCGGAUGCCCCCGGGUGGGCCGGAUGGGAUGAGACUGGACCACCCCGGACCGGUGCUGUUCUUGGGAGUGGGUUGACGUACAGGGUGGACUGGCAGCCCCAGCAUUGUAAAGGGUGCACGGGUAUGGAAAUGUCACGUAGGAUGCCCUCCUUCCCUUCGGUCUGCCUUCAGCUGCCUCAGGCGUGAAGACAACUUCCCAUCGGAACCUCUUUUCUUCCCUUUCUCCAGCACGCAGAUGAGACGCAUGAGAGGGAGAAACAGCUCAAUAGAUACUGCUGACCUUCAUUUGUGGAAUCCUCAGUCAUCUACACACAAGACAGGUGUCAUCUCACAUGUCCGAGUGAUCGCAAACUUUUAGGCUCCAGAGAUCCUCCCGCAUCGGCCUCCCGGAGUGCUGUGAUGACACGCGUGGGCACGACGGAGUUUCACUCUUGUCGCCCAGGGUGGAGGACGAUGGCGCGAUGUCGGCUCACCGCACCCUCCGCCUCCCAGGUUCGAGUGAUUCUCCUGCCUCAGCCUUCACGAGUAGCUGGAAUGACAGCAAUGAGCCAUCGUGCCCGGCUAGGUUUUCUAGUUUUAGUACACAUGGGGUUUCUCCAUCUUAGUCAGGCUGGUCUUCAACUUCCGACCGUUGGAGAAUUUUAACUUUCUUGGUGGUUGUUUUUCUUUUCUUUUCUCUUCUUUUCUUUUCUUUUCUUUCCUUCUCCUUCCCCCCCCCCCCACCCCCCCUUGUCCUCCUCCUCCUCCUCCUCCUCCUCCUCCUCCUCCUCCUCCUCCUCCUCCUCCUCCUCCUGCUCUUUCAUUUCUUUCAGCUGGGCUCUCCUACUUGUGUUGCUCUGUUACUCACGCUGGUCUCAAACUCCUGGCCUUGACACUUCUCCCGUCACAUCCGCCGUCUGGUUGUUGAAAUGAGCGUCUCUCGUCAAAUGGAAAAGAUGAAAGAAAUAAACACGAAGACGAAAAGCACGGUGUGAAGGUUUCUCUUGCCGUCUCCCAGGGUGUACCUUGGACCCAGAAACACGUUGGGAGCUUGGCUGAGUGAGUGGGUUUUCGGUGCUGAAACCUCCCGAGGGCCUCCUUCCCUCUCCCCCUUGUCCCCGCUUCUCCCCCAGCCGAGGCUCCCACCGCCGCCCUGGCAUUUUCCAUAGGAGAGGUAUGGGAGAGGACUGACGCGCCUUCCACAUCUAUAUCCUGCCGGACGUCUCUGGCUCGGCGUGCCCCACCGGCUACCUGCCACCUUCCAGGGAGCUCUGAGGCGGAUGCGCCCCCCCCUUCCCCGUCAGGUCCCGCUACCCUCCCCCGGCUGGCCGUUGCCGGGCGACCCCAGGGGAACCGCGUGGACGCUGCCUUCGGAUCCUACGGCGAAGACUUCCACCGGAUGCCCCCGGGUGGGCCGGAUGGGAUGAGACUGGACCACCCCGGACCGGUGCUGUUCUUGGGAGUGGGUUGACGUACAGGGUGGACUGGCAGCCCCAGCAUUGUAAAGGGUGCACGGGUAUGGAAAUGUCACGUAGGAUGCCCUCCUUCCCUUCGGUCUGCCUUCAGCUGCCUCAGGCGUGAAGACAACUUCCCAUCGGAACCUCUUUUCUUCCCUUUCUCCAGCACGCAGAUGAGACGCAUGAGAGGGAGAAACAGCUCAAUAGAUACUGCUGACCUUCAUUUGUGGAAUCCUCAGUCAUCUACACACAAGACAGGUGUCAUCUCACAUGUCCGAGUGAUCGCAAACUUUUAGGCUCCAGAGAUCCUCCCGCAUCGGCCUCCCGGAGUGCUGUGAUGACACGCGUGGGCACGACGGAGUUUCACUCUUGUCGCCCAGGGUGGAGGACGAUGGCGCGAUGUCGGCUCACCGCACCCUCCGCCUCCCAGGUUCGAGUGAUUCUCCUGCCUCAGCCUUCACGAGUAGCUGGAAUGACAGCAAUGAGCCAUCGUGCCCGGCUAGGUUUUCUAGUUUUAGUACACAUGGGGUUUCUCCAUCUUAGUCAGGCUGGUCUUCAACUUCCGACCGUUGGAGAAUUUUAACUUUCUUGGUGGUUGUUUUUCUUUUCUUUUCUCUUCUUUUCUUUUCUUUUCUUUCCUUCUCCUUCCCCCCCCCACCCCCCCUUGUCCUCCUCCUCCUCCUCCUCCUCCUCCUCCUCCUCCUCCUCCUCCUCCUCCUCCUCCUCCUCCUCCUGCUCUUUCAUUUCUUUCAGCUGGGCUCUCCUACUUGUGUUGCUCUGUUACUCACGCUGGUCUCAAACUCCUGGCCUUGACACUUCUCCCGUCACAUCCGCCGUCUGGUUGUUGAAAUGAGCAUCUCUCGUCAAAUGGAAAAGAUGAAAGAAAUAAACACGAAGACGAAAAGCACGGUGUGAAGGUUUCUCUUGCCGUCUCCCAGGGUGUACCUUGGACCCAGAAACACGUUGGGAGCUUGGCUGAGUCCCGCUACCCUCCCCCGGCUGGCCGUUGCCGGGCGACCCCAGGGGAACCGCGUGGACGCUGCCUUCGGAUCCUACGGCGAAGACUUCCACCGGAUGCCCCCGGGUGGGCCGGAUGGGAUGAGACUGGACCACCCCGGACCGGUGCUGUUCUUGGGAGUGGGUUGACGUACAGGGUGGACUGGCAGCCCCAGCAUUGUAAAGGGUGCACGGGUAUGGAAAUGUCACGUAGGAUGCCCUCCUUCCCUUCGGUCUGCCUUCAGCUGCCUCAGGCGUGAAGACAACUUCCCAUCGGAACCUCUUUUCUUCCCUUUCUCCAGCACGCAGAUGAGACGCAUGAGAGGGAGAAACAGCUCAAUAGAUACUGCUGACCUUCAUUUGUGGAAUCCUCAGUCAUCUACACACAAGACAGGUGUCAUCUCACAUGUCCGAGUGAUCGCAAACUUUUAGGCUCCAGAGAUCCUCCCGCAUCGGCCUCCCGGAGUGCUGUGAUGACACGCGUGGGCACGACGGAGUUUCACUCUUGUCGCCCAGGGUGGAGGACGAUGGCGCGAUGUCGGCUCACCGCACCCUCCGCCUCCCAGGUUCGAGUGAUUCUCCUGCCUCAGCCUUCACGAGUAGCUGGAAUGACAGCAAUGAGCCAUCGUGCCCGGCUAGGUUUUCUAGUUUUAGUACACAUGGGGUUUCUCCAUCUUAGUCAGGCUGGUCUUCAACUUCCGACCGUUGGAGAAUUUUAACUUUCUUGGUGGUUGUUUUUCUUUUCUUUUCUCUUCUUUUCUUUUCUUUUCUUUCCUUCUCCUUCCCCCCCCCACCCCCCCUUGUCCUCCUCCUCCUCCUCCUCCUCCUCCUCCUCCUCCUCCUCCUCCUCCUCCUCCUCCUCCUCCUCCUGCUCUUUCAUUUCUUUCAGCUGGGCUCUCCUACUUGUGUUGCUCUGUUACUCACGCUGGUCUCAAACUCCUGGCCUUGACACUUCUCCCGUCACAUCCGCCGUCUGGUUGUUGAAAUGAGCAUCUCUCGUCAAAUGGAAAAGAUGAAAGAAAUAAACACGAAGACGAAAAGCACGGUGUGAAGGUUUCUCUUGCCGUCUCCCAGGGUGUACCUUGGACCCAGAAACACGUUGGGAGCUUGGCUGAGUCCCGCUACCCUCCCCCGGCUGGCCGUUGCCGGGCGACCCCAGGGGAACCGCGUGGACGCUGCCUUCGGAUCCUACGGCGAAGACUUCCACCGGAUGCCCCCGGGUGGGCCGGAUGGGAUGAGACUGGACCACCCCGGACCGGUGCUGUUCUUGGGAGUGGGUUGACGUACAGGGUGGACUGGCAGCCCCAGCAUUGUAAAGGGUGCACGGGUAUGGAAAUGUCACGUAGGAUGCCCUCCUUCCCUUCGGUCUGCCUUCAGCUGCCUCAGGCGUGAAGACAACUUCCCAUCGGAACCUCUUUUCUUCCCUUUCUCCAGCACGCAGAUGAGACGCAUGAGAGGGAGAAACAGCUCAAUAGAUACUGCUGACCUUCAUUUGUGGAAUCCUCAGUCAUCUACACACAAGACAGGUGUCAUCUCACAUGUCCGAGUGAUCGCAAACUUUUAGGCUCCAGAGAUCCUCCCGCAUCGGCCUCCCGGAGUGCUGUGAUGACACGCGUGGGCACGACGGAGUUUCACUCUUGUCGCCCAGGGUGGAGGACGAUGGCGCGAUGUCGGCUCACCGCACCCUCCGCCUCCCAGGUUCGAGUGAUUCUCCUGCCUCAGCCUUCACGAGUAGCUGGAAUGACAGCAAUGAGCCAUCGUGCCCGGCUAGGUUUUCUAGUUUUAGUACACAUGGGGUUUCUCCAUCUUAGUCAGGCUGGUCUUCAACUUCCGACCGUUGGAGAAUUUUAACUUUCUUGGUGGUUGUUUUUCUUUUCUUUUCUCUUCUUUUCUUUUCUUUUCUUUCCUUCUCCUUCCCCCCCCCACCCCCCCUUGUCCUCCUCCUCCUCCUCCUCCUCCUCCUCCUCCUCCUCCUCCUCCUCCUCCUCCUCCUCCUCCUCCUGCUCUUUCAUUUCUUUCAGCUGGGCUCUCCUACUUGUGUUGCUCUGUUACUCACGCUGGUCUCAAACUCCUGGCCUUGACACUUCUCCCGUCACAUCCGCCGUCUGGUUGUUGAAAUGAGCAUCUCUCGUCAAAUGGAAAAGAUGAAAGAAAUAAACACGAAGACGAAAAGCACGGUGUGAAGGUUUCUCUUGCCGUCUCCCAGGGUGUACCUUGGACCCAGAAACACGUUGGGAGCUUGGCUGAGUCCCGCUACCCUCCCCCGGCUGGCCGUUGCCGGGCGACCCCAGGGGAACCGCGUGGACGCUGCCUUCGGAUCCUACGGCGAAGACUUCCACCGGAUGCCCCCGGGUGGGCCGGAUGGGAUGAGACUGGACCACCCCGGACCGGUGCUGUUCUUGGGAGUGGGUUGACGUACAGGGUGGACUGGCAGCCCCAGCAUUGUAAAGGGUGCACGGGUAUGGAAAUGUCACGUAGGAUGCCCUCCUUCCCUUCGGUCUGCCUUCAGCUGCCUCAGGCGUGAAGACAACUUCCCAUCGGAACCUCUUUUCUUCCCUUUCUCCAGCACGCAGAUGAGACGCAUGAGAGGGAGAAACAGCUCAAUAGAUACUGCUGACCUUCAUUUGUGGAAUCCUCAGUCAUCUACACACAAGACAGGUGUCAUCUCACAUGUCCGAGUGAUCGCAAACUUUUAGGCUCCAGAGAUCCUCCCGCAUCGGCCUCCCGGAGUGCUGUGAUGACACGCGUGGGCACGACGGAGUUUCACUCUUGUCGCCCAGGGUGGAGGACGAUGGCGCGAUGUCGGCUCACCGCACCCUCCGCCUCCCAGGUUCGAGUGAUUCUCCUGCCUCAGCCUUCACGAGUAGCUGGAAUGACAGCAAUGAGCCAUCGUGCCCGGCUAGGUUUUCUAGUUUUAGUACACAUGGGGUUUCUCCAUCUUAGUCAGGCUGGUCUUCAACUUCCGACCGUUGGAGAAUUUUAACUUUCUUGGUGGUUGUUUUUCUUUUCUUUUCUCUUCUUUUCUUUUCUUUUCUUUCCUUCUCCUUCCCCCCCCCACCCCCCCUUGUCCUCCUCCUCCUCCUCCUCCUCCUCCUCCUCCUCCUCCUCCUCCUCCUCCUCCUCCUCCUCCUGCUCUUUCAUUUCUUUCAGCUGGGCUCUCCUACUUGUGUUGCUCUGUUACUCACGCUGGUCUCAAACUCCUGGCCUUGACACUUCUCCCGUCACAUCCGCCGUCUGGUUGUUGAAAUGAGCAUCUCUCGUCAAAUGGAAAAGAUGAAAGAAAUAAACACGAAGACGAAAAGCACGGUGUGAAGGUUUCUCUUGCCGUCUCCCAGGGUGUACCUUGGACCCAGAAACACGUUGGGAGCUUGGCUGAGUGAGUGGGUUUUCGGUGCUGAAACCUCCCGAGGGCCUCCUUCCCUCUCCCCCUUGUCCCCGCUUCUCCCCCAGCCGAGGCUCCCACCGCCGCCCUGGCAUUUUCCAUAGGAGAGGUAUGGGAGAGGACUGACGCGCCUUCCACAUCUAUAUCCUGCCGGACGUCUCUGGCUCGGCGUGCCCCACCGGCUACCUGCCACCUUCCAGGGAGCUCUGAGGCGGAUGCGCCCCCCCCUUCCCCGUCAGGUCCCGCUACCCUCCCCCGGCUGGCCGUUGCCGGGCGACCCCAGGGGAACCGCGUGGACGCUGCCUUCGGAUCCUACGGCGAAGACUUCCACCGGAUGCCCCCGGGUGGGCCGGAUGGGAUGAGACUGGACCACCCCGGACCGGUGCUGUUCUUGGGAGUGGGUUGACGUACAGGGUGGACUGGCAGCCCCAGCAUUGUAAAGGGUGCACGGGUAUGGAAAUGUCACGUAGGAUGCCCUCCUUCCCUUCGGUCUGCCUUCAGCUGCCUCAGGCGUGAAGACAACUUCCCAUCGGAACCUCUUUUCUUCCCUUUCUCCAGCACGCAGAUGAGACGCAUGAGAGGGAGAAACAGCUCAAUAGAUACUGCUGACCUUCAUUUGUGGAAUCCUCAGUCAUCUACACACAAGACAGGUGUCAUCUCACAUGUCCGAGUGAUCGCAAACUUUUAGGCUCCAGAGAUCCUCCCGCAUCGGCCUCCCGGAGUGCUGUGAUGACACGCGUGGGCACGACGGAGUUUCACUCUUGUCGCCCAGGGUGGAGGACGAUGGCGCGAUGUCGGCUCACCGCACCCUCCGCCUCCCAGGUUCGAGUGAUUCUCCUGCCUCAGCCUUCACGAGUAGCUGGAAUGACAGCAAUGAGCCAUCGUGCCCGGCUAGGUUUUCUAGUUUUAGUACACAUGGGGUUUCUCCAUCUUAGUCAGGCUGGUCUUCAACUUCCGACCGUUGGAGAAUUUUAACUUUCUUGGUGGUUGUUUUUCUUUUCUUUUCUCUUCUUUUCUUUUCUUUUCUUUCCUUCUCCUUCCCCCCCCCACCCCCCCUUGUCCUCCUCCUCCUCCUCCUCCUCCUCCUCCUCCUCCUCCUCCUCCUCCUCCUCCUCCUCCUCCUGCUCUUUCAUUUCUUUCAGCUGGGCUCUCCUACUUGUGUUGCUCUGUUACUCACGCUGGUCUCAAACUCCUGGCCUUGACACUUCUCCCGUCACAUCCGCCGUCUGGUUGUUGAAAUGAGCAUCUCUCGUCAAAUGGAAAAGAUGAAAGAAAUAAACACGAAGACGAAAAGCACGGUGUGAAGGUUUCUCUUGCCGUCUCCCAGGGUGUACCUUGGACCCAGAAACACGUUGGGAGCUUGGCUGAGUGAGUGGGUUUUCGGUGCUGAAACCUCCCGAGGGCCUCCUUCCCUCUCCCCCUUGUCCCCGCUUCUCCCCCAGCCGAGGCUCCCACCGCCGCCCUGGCAUUUUCCAUAGGAGAGGUAUGGGAGAGGACUGACGCGCCUUCCACAUCUAUAUCCUGCCGGACGUCUCUGGCUCGGCGUGCCCCACCGGCUACCUGCCACCUUCCAGGGAGCUCUGAGGCGGAUGCGCCCCCCCCUUCCCCGUCAGGUCCCGCUACCCUCCCCCGGCUGGCCGUUGCCGGGCGACCCCAGGGGAACCGCGUGGACGCUGCCUUCGGAUCCUACGGCGAAGACUUCCACCGGAUGCCCCCGGGUGGGCCGGAUGGGAUGAGACUGGACCACCCCGGACCGGUGCUGUUCUUGGGAGUGGGUUGACGUACAGGGUGGACUGGCAGCCCCAGCAUUGUAAAGGGUGCACGGGUAUGGAAAUGUCACGUAGGAUGCCCUCCUUCCCUUCGGUCUGCCUUCAGCUGCCUCAGGCGUGAAGACAACUUCCCAUCGGAACCUCUUUUCUUCCCUUUCUCCAGCACGCAGAUGAGACGCAUGAGAGGGAGAAACAGCUCAAUAGAUACUGCUGACCUUCAUUUGUGGAAUCCUCAGUCAUCUACACACAAGACAGGUGUCAUCUCACAUGUCCGAGUGAUCGCAAACUUUUAGGCUCCAGAGAUCCUCCCGCAUCGGCCUCCCGGAGUGCUGUGAUGACACGCGUGGGCACGACGGAGUUUCACUCUUGUCGCCCAGGGUGGAGGACGAUGGCGCGAUGUCGGCUCACCGCACCCUCCGCCUCCCAGGUUCGAGUGAUUCUCCUGCCUCAGCCUUCACGAGUAGCUGGAAUGACAGCAAUGAGCCAUCGUGCCCGGCUAGGUUUUCUAGUUUUAGUACACAUGGGGUUUCUCCAUCUUAGUCAGGCUGGUCUUCAACUUCCGACCGUUGGAGAAUUUUAACUUUCUUGGUGGUUGUUUUUCUUUUCUUUUCUCUUCUUUUCUUUUCUUUUCUUUCCUUCUCCUUCCCCCCCCCACCCCCCCUUGUCCUCCUCCUCCUCCUCCUCCUCCUCCUCCUCCUCCUCCUCCUCCUCCUCCUCCUCCUCCUCCUGCUCUUUCAUUUCUUUCAGCUGGGCUCUCCUACUUGUGUUGCUCUGUUACUCACGCUGGUCUCAAACUCCUGGCCUUGACACUUCUCCCGUCACAUCCGCCGUCUGGUUGUUGAAAUGAGCAUCUCUCGUCAAAUGGAAAAGAUGAAAGAAAUAAACACGAAGACGAAAAGCACGGUGUGAAGGUUUCUCUUGCCGUCUCCCAGGGUGUACCUUGGACCCAGAAACACGUUGGGAGCUUGGCUGAGUGAGUGGGUUUUCGGUGCUGAAACCUCCCGAGGGCCUCCUUCCCUCUCCCCCUUGUCCCCGCUUCUCCCCCAGCCGAGGCUCCCACCGCCGCCCUGGCAUUUUCCAUAGGAGAGGUAUGGGAGAGGACUGACGCGCCUUCCACAUCUAUAUCCUGCCGGACGUCUCUGGCUCGGCGUGCCCCACCGGCUACCUGCCACCUUCCAGGGAGCUCUGAGGCGGAUGCGCCCCCCCCUUCCCCGUCAGGUCCCGCUACCCUCCCCCGGCUGGCCGUUGCCGGGCGACCCCAGGGGAACCGCGUGGACGCUGCCUUCGGAUCCUACGGCGAAGACUUCCACCGGAUGCCCCCGGGUGGGCCGGAUGGGAUGAGACUGGACCACCCCGGACCGGUGCUGUUCUUGGGAGUGGGUUGACGUACAGGGUGGACUGGCAGCCCCAGCAUUGUAAAGGGUGCACGGGUAUGGAAAUGUCACGUAGGAUGCCCUCCUUCCCUUCGGUCUGCCUUCAGCUGCCUCAGGCGUGAAGACAACUUCCCAUCGGAACCUCUUUUCUUCCCUUUCUCCAGCACGCAGAUGAGACGCAUGAGAGGGAGAAACAGCUCAAUAGAUACUGCUGACCUUCAUUUGUGGAAUCCUCAGUCAUCUACACACAAGACAGGUGUCAUCUCACAUGUCCGAGUGAUCGCAAACUUUUAGGCUCCAGAGAUCCUCCCGCAUCGGCCUCCCGGAGUGCUGUGAUGACACGCGUGGGCACGACGGAGUUUCACUCUUGUCGCCCAGGGUGGAGGACGAUGGCGCGAUGUCGGCUCACCGCACCCUCCGCCUCCCAGGUUCGAGUGAUUCUCCUGCCUCAGCCUUCACGAGUAGCUGGAAUGACAGCAAUGAGCCAUCGUGCCCGGCUAGGUUUUCUAGUUUUAGUACACAUGGGGUUUCUCCAUCUUAGUCAGGCUGGUCUUCAACUUCCGACCGUUGGAGAAUUUUAACUUUCUUGGUGGUUGUUUUUCUUUUCUUUUCUCUUCUUUUCUUUUCUUUUCUUUCCUUCUCCUUCCCCCCCCCCACCCCCCCUUGUCCUCCUCCUCCUCCUCCUCCUCCUCCUCCUCCUCCUCCUCCUCCUCCUCCUCCUCCUGCUCUUUCAUUUCUUUCAGCUGGGCUCUCCUACUUGUGUUGCUCUGUUACUCACGCUGGUCUCAAACUCCUGGCCUUGACACUUCUCCCGUCACAUCCGCCGUCUGGUUGUUGAAAUGAGCAUCUCUCGUCAAAUGGAAAAGAUGAAAGAAAUAAACACGAAGACGAAAA